AUGGAUGGUGCCCUCAUCCCGGCCUCACUCGGCGUGAACCCCUUUGCGACCAUCACCGCCUUGGCGGAGCGCAACGUGGAGCUAUUCGCCCAGAAGCACAACCUCACGGUCCGGGACGACCGAAAUGGAAUCCUCGACCUAUUUGGUGAGCCAGAGUAUCCAUUCACUGAGAUGCGCCCCGAGCCAGACGAGGUAGUCGAACAGCAAGAGAUUAAGCGGGUUUCCUCUACCAUUUCUACAGCCGAGUCGAUGAGGUUGGCAGGGCUAGGAUUCACCGAGGUAAUGGCAGGAUUCAUUCACAGCAACGACGAAGGGGUGCCCACAUGUGACAAGAAGGAAAGCUACCAGGAGGCGUACAACGUGGCAAAGGAUCUUGACGAGGCCGCGCGCUUUUUCCUCAGCGUUCAGUCUUUCGACACCAAGUCGAUGGUUAAACGAGCGGAUCACCAGGCCACGCUCACGGGUACCUUUGUCUGCCCCUCCCUCGAGGGCUCACCCUUUAUGGUACAGCGCGGCGAGUUUAGGCUCUUGGUGGUGGACCAGAGGGCGUCGUGCACGCGCAAUAUGACGUACGACUUUGAUAUGCGGGGCACGGAUCGCAGCCUCCUCCAUUUCCACGGGUACAAGAUUGUUGACUCGUCGGUCGGGCUGUCAGUCAAGGGAUUUUGGAAGGCGACAAGCACGCUCUACGUCACCAUCUCGCGUUGGCCCGGCGGGGUCAGACACUCGGAGGACGCUCAGGGCUGGCGGCGAGGCGAGGUCGUGGCCAGGGGCAUGCUCCACAUUGAGCCGGGUGACUUUAAGCAGCAGUUGAUGACGCUUGCGCCGACGGGCGACACCUUUUGGAAGAAGGCAUGGAGCAUGGGCAGCUUUGUCAACUACUUUGGCCGCACGAGCUUGACGCACUUUCUUGGCCCACUAGCGCCGCUACAGUACCCGCCGGUAGCGUACGACGGGUACAUCAACGACUCGCCACCUGAUAAGUCGUUUACAAUUGUGGCCGACGACGGGGUGAAGACGCGCAUGCACAUGUGGGAGCCGACCAACUCGGAAAUUCCCGCGCGCAACGUGCUCCUCGUGCCCGGGGCGGGCGUGGACCACCAGAUUUACGCGACACCGACGAUUCCAUACAACCUCGUCAACUACCUCACGAGGGCAGGCUACCGCGUCUUUGUCUCGGUACAUCGCAUCGGCCAGCUGAUCGUGGCACGCAAUGACCAUACGACGUACGACUGUCGGCUAGACUUGCGGGCAUGUAUUGAUCUCGUCCGCACGCGGUACCCGGAGCCGGAGACGGCCAACCCGGGGAACAAGGUGUACGUGUUCGCGCACUGCAUGGGAAGCGUGGCGCUCUCGGCGGGCAUGCUCGAGGGCGACAUACCCGCGGCGUGGGUGAGGGGCGUCUCGUGCUCACAGGUGUUUAUGAACCCCAUCUGGGACACAGUCAACAUGAAAAAGGCCAAGGCGGGCCCCGUCGCGCUCGACAAGCUGUACAAGAUGGUAGUGGGUAAUUGGUUCAGUAUCGCAACGGAUACGGAGGAUAAGAUGGUGCAGAAGAUGGUGAACCAGCUGCUAAGGUUCUAUCCGGAUCCUAUGAAGGAGGUGUGCAAUAACGCCAGCUGCCACCGUAGCUCGUUUGUAUUUGGCCGAUGCUGGAACCAUCGUAACCUGAACGAGGCGACUCAUCGCCAGAUUGACCGCUUCUUUGGCGGAGUCAACAUGACCCUUAUGGAGUUGCUUAUGCGGCAAGGCCGUGAGGGACACGUGAUGAACCACUCGUUCGAACCUCUCGAUACGCCCAAAAACAUCCAGCGGCUCCGGGGUGUACCGUUCUUUUUCUUCGUGGGCGCCGACAAUGCGGUGUUAUCACAGGCGGCGACGGAGAAGACGUAUUCCAUCCUCUGCCAGACGUUUGGCCUGGACGGCUCGGGCGGCGAUGGCGACCAGGCGGGCGAGAAGCCGGCGAUGACGGAGAAGAAUCCCGGCGAAGAUGCGAGGGAGCCCAUGUACAGGAGAGUGGUAAUUCCUGGGUAUGGCCACCUGGACGGUUUCAUCGGCAAGGAUGCCUGGACAGACGUAUACCCGACGCUGAGGACGGAGAUUGAUCGGGUCAUUCGGGGCAAGGCGUACCGGUUCGUGGAACCUAGAGAUAGGUUUUUCGAGAUGGUAGCGGCCGGGGAGAUGCUGUGCUAA